CAUAUUUGUCAAAUUCAUCUCAAUAAUCUAAUCACAUUCCGUUCCCCCUGUUUGCAUACAUCAAAGGCACCAAUUCGGGUCUAAAAUUCAAAAUUCAAAAACAAAUAUGUCCGAUAUCAACUUGACUGCCUAUAACGUCUUUCGCCGCGAACUGGCCAAAAUAUUCAAGACAUUCAACUCGUAUACUCAAACCGAUUUUACUGAGGAAUUUGGCACCAGCACAGACUUCGAUUACAAAGCUGAUUUGGAAACAAAUUGAUUUGGAUUAGGUGCUUGGGGUAGAAGAGGUUUAUCCGAUUGUGAUGGAAUCCAGAGUUACGAAAAGGACUCUGGAACGAUCGCACACCGAGAUCAAUACGGAAUCCAGAGCAAGACCGCGAUUCCCGGACAAUCAGGCGAUGACAGCAUGAUGUUUAGAAUCGCGAUCUUCAUCUGAAUUGGAUGAAUCCGAAUCCCAAACAUCAGGUUACACCACGGAGAGUGGCUACCAAACGGUACCUGGAUACGAGCUCCAUUAACAAUCUAGUUUGCAUGCCAGCAUCCAGAAUCCUUAAGAGUCUCCCCCAGCGGAUUUCCUCUGGGAGAUCACGUGACCAUCUUGAUGCCAAUACUUGAGCAACUGGGGAGCACAUUCACACCGUUAGAUCGGAGGCGCAAAUGGACCAGUGUUCUAUCCGAUAGCAUAUAGCUACAAAUAAUCAUUUUUUCCCCAAAUGUAUAGUGCUUUCUAAUGGAAAAUAAUAAUCUUUUCAGAAUGGAAAAUAAAAAACUUCAACCCCCAUUUUAAGCAUAA